UUCGACAGGGGGAUACCCUCGACUGGUGCCCAGCGACACAAGGGUAACCCUCGUGGGGGAAACUCUCAGGAAACCUGUGACGAUGAUGUGGGUUGAAUUUUGCAGGGGUGAUUUUUGGGAUGUGGGAGGCGGCCCCCUUGUCCACGUGGCACUCGCUGAUUCCCGCGGGGAAGCGGCGCGUCGCCCUCAUGCUCCUCGCGGCCGUUGCGGCGUACGCCGCGGCGGGGCUGCUCGCUUCGCGCUCGCCGCGCAACCCGGCGCAGCUGCGGAAGGCGUGGGUGGAUGGCGGGAGUAUUAGGCGGAGGGAACGAAAGCUGGAGAGUGGGGAGAGCACGGGAAUGCAGGGCAGCAAGCAGAGCAGGGAAAGCAGGAGCAGUGGAAUCUACAGCAAGCAGAGCAGCAACCGACAGAGAGCGACGGGGGCGAGGGGGCACGCGAGGCAAAAUUUCGAGAGAGCAAGGAAGGCCAAGAGGCCACUCCGUCGCCCGGAGAGAGCGAGUGGGAGGCGCAGCAGUAGGCGUACCGGGAGGAGGUGGAACGAGCAGCAGCGCACGGCGAGCGGUACUACCUGCUGUCGUCCGCCACGGACCGGUGCGUGGGGCAGUCGCACUGGUCGUGGACGCUGCGGUGCGCCACUGCUGAGGCCAAGGCGCUGCGGCGGACGCUGGUGCUGGUGACGGACCGGUGCCUGCACCAGACGCACUCGAGAAGCGGGAGGGACGAGCACGGGCACGUGGGGCUGUACUAUAAUCUGACCACCAUGAUGAGCCGGCAGCCCAUGGUGCUGAUGGAGCAAUUCCUGGCGCGCUUUGGCUCAUGGGACGUGAUGCCCAUGCGCAAGUUCCCCAUCGGGCCGAGCACGGGCGAGCUGGCAGCGGAGAAGGAUGUGUUUCUGGUGGUGCGCGUGCCGGAGGAGGGCCAGUACGGCUUCAUGCUGUGCUACAAGGAGCACAACCAGGACAAUGUGACCUUUGACCCCGAGCUGCUCUUCCCCAUCAACGCCAUCACCCGGCUGGCGCACGCCAUAGCGGGCGCCAUGGGCGGGCAGCAGCAGUUUGACUACGUGCACGUGCGGCGGGGGGACAAGCUCAACGCCACGCGCUGGCCGCACCUCGACCAUGACACACGGCCCGAGGCCCUCUUGCAGAAGUUGCCAGCCCUCAUCCCCCCCGGCAGCACCCUCUACAUCGCCAGCAACGAGGGGGACCCGCGGUUCUUCGAUCCUCUUAAAGCCACAUACACAGUGCACAGGGAGGAUGACUUUGCAGCGCUGUGGGGCGAGGGGUCCGCGUGGGAGGCUGAGAUGCGGGGGGUGGCAGCGGCGGUGAGCGUGGCACAAGGCACACGGGUGGACUUUGACAGCGAGAUGCGCGUGCUGGUGGACUACUCCCUCAAGAAGCUCGCCAGACGCACCGUGGAGACCUUCUACGACCUCACCAAUGACCCCAAGGAUGGUGUUGUGCUACCUGAGGGCAAACAGUGAGGAGGACCAUCACGAGCAUCGGGGUUUUUAAGAGCCCCCGCACGCCUUGUUGUCAAGUCUUCACUUGCUGCCGCUUCUGCUGCUGCAUGCGUCACUGGGGCUCGUCUGCAAGGGUGCGCACUGUAUUGCUGCACGCAGGACGACGACAGGGAGGGCAGGGGAGGACAAGGAGGGGAGCAGGCCUAUAGAUUGGUUUGAGCGUACGCUGAUCAACCAUCCUUACCCUCCUGUUUUAGGCUGAUCUCCCAGCCUCCAACGUAGCAAAAAGGCUGGAAAUUCAGCCUUGCAUGCUUUUUUUUUCCUAGAUGUUCAGACUUAGCAUGGGGAAAAAGGCUGCAGCCAAUAUUCAAUAGUU